GUCUUCCCUCACCCUGCCCCUGCCCUUCCCCUUCGUCCCAUCCAGCCACAACCACAAACGACAAUCAAGUCGAUUUCUUGUCUGUGCCUGCAUCCUGUCUGUCUGUCUGUGCGUGCGUAUGCCUGUCUCUUCCCUCCUCCCCAUACACCAUCCGAACAGCUGCUUGCGCCCAUACACCUGCCCCUCUGGCUGUCCUUGGCUGUAUCUCCCAACCAACCACAUCCACAGACAGACUUACACCCUGUGUCACUCACAAUCCGACAGGAAGAAAACCACAACGCACAAUCCGACAGACAUCCCCAUGCACUCACCCCCAACGACCGCCUGCAAUGAUGUGACUGCGCAAUGCAUGUCAAAGAUGAUCCACCCAUCACACGUCUUGCCCUCCCUCGCUCCCUCCCUCGCUCCCUCCCUUCAUGUCCCUAUGAGCCACACAGACAGUUAGAGAGAUGGAUGCAUGCAGUGCCUGCACGAGCGAGACACACCACACCACACCACACCACACCCACACACACACACAGACAAGGGGAAGAGAGAGAGAGAGGGCAGGGGGGAGGGAUGCACCCCUGUGUGUGUGUGUGAGUGUGUGUGUGUGUGUGUGUGCACAGCAAGCAGAACACUCACACACACACACAGAGAGAGAGAGAGAGACCCACCCAGGCACACGCAUUUGUGAAUCAGUAAGUGACCGCUGCAUGUGUGUCUUGUGCGCAUGCAUGGAUGGAUCUGUUGUGUUGUGUUGUGCACAACACUCACACAGACAGACACUCACACAAGCAGACACACAAGCAGACACACAAGCAGACACACAAGCAGACAGACAGACAGACAGUCGGACAGACAGUCGGACAGCCAGACAGCUAGAGAGAUGGGUCAAACAAAAGCAGCAGGUGGAUGGGUGGGUGAAUGGAUGGAUGCAUUCCACCACACUGCCUGCCAGAUUCCCAUCCCUCCCUCCCUCCCUCCCUCUCCCGUGGCAGGCCUUACAACGUAAGCACUGCCUGCCUGCCUGCCUGCCUGCUUCCCCUCCCUCCCUCCCCCAAUCCGACACAUCAAUCAGUGCAGAUUCAGGUGAGCGAAGUUCGUCCCUGAAAGUGCUCCUAGCUGCCCCCACGCGAGCGUACUGUGGUUGGCCGGCUUGAUGCGAGUCAGCGUCAUGCCCCAUCGCUGCGCCUCCUGUCUCACUGCUGUGUUGAUGACUUUGCAGAAGGUGAUCUGCUCACCAGCAGCCGACCCCACAGCGAAGAAGCCCCUCCCCGAUGUGAUCUGCAUGUUGGUAAGUGCCCUGCGCUCUCGUCGGGCACUUCGAAGCAGCCGUAUCGAUGAGUCGAUGAAGUGGCUGACCGGCUUGUUGAUGCGAGAACGUAGCGGCUCUUCGCCGAUGUUUAUAAUGGAUGGGGGCACGACGAGCAUGUCGAAGAUCAGCUGAGUGAUGUCAUCGGGCAGCGGGGCGCCGAUGGCGGACACCUGCUGCGUCAUGGUCAUCAUCUUGAGGCGGACGGGCUUGAGAAUUCGGUAGAUGUCGAGCAGGAUGAGGUAGAUGAGGCGGUGCUCGAGAAAAUGCUCCCAGGCGUCGAUCAGCCUCGCCUCCCACCCAUGUCGCCGCCCCCCCAACGGCAUCUGCAGCUGCUGUCUCACGCCAGCCGCCGUCAGCGUCGCCCCGCUCUCGAACAGCACCAGCAUUCGAUUCAGCAGGCACCGCCGGCCUCUCUCGUUCUCUCCCUGCAGGCGCAGAGCGGUCUUGCCGUGGCGGUUGGGUGCGUUGAUGAUCUCCGCCGCCCCGUGGAGACACAGCCAUUCCAUCACAGACGCGUCACUGCUGGGGGAGCUGGAGGCCGUAUGAAGAGGGGUGUUGCCGCUUCUGUCGCGCACCUUGACCAUAUCCAUCCCUCCGUGUUUAAUGAGCAGCUCAAAUACAACCCGCUGGCAGACCGUAAAGCACAGCAAGGGCCUCUCGCUGAAGAAAUGCAGCGGCGACUUCCGCGAGGAAGUGUCGAUCUCCUUCACCAAUGACGGCUCCCUCCAAACCAACCGGCGCACCAUCCACAUUUUGUCGACCGCCGGCCGAUGGUGGCAGACGGCCAUGCACUCCAGCAGGCCGACGCCGGUGAGUGUUGCCUCUUGGUGAAGGUUCAGUAACCGAUCGAACUCCCAAUCCUCUUCCCGCUCAUCGAUGAUGGCCUGCUUGAUUCGCUGCCGCACAGUCCCGUCGGGCAGCUCGAGGUUGUCGUCCUCCAUUGAGAAGCACGCCAGCGACUGCGGGUGCGGGAUUGGAAGGUUGAUCUUCAAACGCGGCUGCUCCUCCACCCAAUCCAUGGCAGGCAAAGUGAUCUCAUCUCCCUCCAGGUCGUCUGCAGCUGAUGGUACGGGAGGCCGCUGAAAGGGUGUGAUUGCGUCAGAUGGCCGGAUACUUGCCUGGGCCGGCGUGUUUGUGGGCUCUUUGAUGACAUGGGAUGGUGGCACAGAUCGAAGCAGCCCGUCUCGUGAGUUGCAGAGCUCGACGCCGUCUCCACUUGUCGAGCGAGAGUCGAUGGCCGAUGAGGAUGGCUCUCGAAGGCCUUGAUGCCGUCCGUGACUGGAAUGUCCAUAAGGGGAGCGAGUGUCCUUGACGAGCAAAGGAGUAGGAUCAAUGGCGCCUAUCUCUGAACACAGACAUCAUACCCCCGUAAGAGAGGAGGUGUGAGUGUGGUUCAUCCAUCCAUUACCUGCGCAGGAUGGUGGCACAGGUGCUCGGACAAACAGACCCGUUGAGGAGCCAGAGGCGCUGGACGUCCCUGGCUGAUGGGCGCCGUUUCCGCCUCUGAGGAAGCGAGACAAAGAAGCAGGGACCAAUGACCAUCAUUCCCCAACCGUCUCAUCUCUCUCCCCUCUCAUCUGCCCUCACCUUAUCCACUGGGUCACCUUCCGGACCAGCCAACGUCCACAGAAACACGUCCCGGGGCAUGCAAAUCUGUCUCUGAGGCCAUCUCUCAUGUUGAAGUCGUUCGUUGAGCCUUCCAUCGGUGGCAUUCUGGCAAACAACCUCUGCUGAGGCCGUAGGUAGGCCGUGGACAACGAAGGGACAGAUCACGAGGUCGCCGACUCGUGAGGGUCGCUCUCA